UGGAUCUUUUCUGUGUGAGUCGCCGGAGCUCCCUCAGCCUGCUCCUUCCCACCUGUCCUUGACUUACUGUUCCCAGACGAGACGGAGAGAGGAAGCUGCUCCAGCCUGCUCCUCCCUCCAGCACCUUUUUUCCCUGCUGUGUUUAUGUGAGCAGCGGCAUUUUAUCUACACACCAUUUUCUCCAUGUCUGUGUGUGGCUGCUUUCUUUUUUUUUUCUACCUGUAGUGCUUCAACGGAGUGGCGAGGAGAGGAGCGUUUGUCCUCGGCUGGUGGAGCUCUGAUGGGAGGCGGUGCUGGCUCUGGCUGGGACUGGGGAUGCUGAACGGUGGGAGGGAGGGCCUGUUUGAGCUGGGACAGCAGCUCCAGCAGCAGGGGGAGUACCAGGCCGCCCUCCACUGCUUCCUCAGCUGCCUGUUGGGACUGACCCAUGUGCAGAGCUUCAACUCUCUGCCCAACUGCCUCCACCAGAUCGCAGAGCUCUUCAUCACUGAAAAGAAUUAUGGAAAAGCCCUGCAGUUCAUCCAGGCUGAGAAAAUGUUCUACGAGGUGGCACUGAUCGAGCUGACCGCUCUCCAGGGGAGCACAGGGCCUCAGGAGGAGGCGACGCUGGGCUCCGCAGGAUGGACGAGCCCAGAGGAGAUCUCGGAGCAGGCCUCCCAGGCGCAGCACCUCGAGCGGCUGGCCCAGCUUUGCAUCAUGAGCAAACAACCUCAUCUUGCUCUGGAAUACAGCGGUAAGGCUACAAAAAUCCACCAGAGGGCCUUUGGGAAUGACCACCCCAUUACAGCCAGGAGCCUGGAGCUCAUGGCCACCGUCUAUGCUGAGAUCGGCAAGACUGAGUACUCAGACUCCCUGGGUCAGUGUGUCUCUGCACUGUCCAAACGCUUCGCUGCUGCAGAGUCCAUCAGAGACACCGUAAAUGGUCUUCCUCAUUCCCAUCGAGAGAAACAUUCAGAGGUCCGUCACAGAAAGGACUCCCACCAUCACCAACAGGAGGACACCCCAAAGACUAAGGUAACUAAUGGCAAAGUCCCCACCUCCAUCCUAAAGAGGCCAAGUCCAAACUACGGGUCAGAAACAGAGCCCAACCACAGGAGGAAAGGGGAACGCCGGGUUAGAUUCAGGGAGCCAGAGACCACAGUACAUGAAAUUCCUUACAGUGACUGUUUAGGUGCCUAUGAGACGACACCCUCCCGCCCCCACCUGGCCCUCUUCACCGCCCUCUUCCUGCUGAUGUCAUUCCUGGGCGUAGCCAUGUACUGCACAGGACGGCGGCGCCCUCAGCGGGUGUGCGAGGAUCUGGAGUCCGUCCUGGCCGUCUACCUGCUGCACAUGAAACAGCUGCUGUGGGGCUGCUGGAUAUGGCUGACCAUGCAGUGACUAAGACCGACCACAGGGGGGGACAUAAAGCCCCUUGUUUUUUUUAACCCCUCUUUUUUUCCUGUCUUUGAAAGAGCCCAGGCCUGCAAACAACCUCAGCCAUUUGUCUGGGCUCUUAUACGGUGGUGUUAAACCGCUUUGACAGAGAGAAAAGGGAGAAAUGUGUAAUCCCAGAAAAAUGUAGCUUCCAUGUCUGUAUGUAUAUAUGUAUUAAGGUGGUGCAAACACCACUUGUUAUUUAAGUUGUCAUGAUUUUGCACAUGUUGAUGCUCACAUAUAACGCUCACUUGAUCACCACUAAGCAUUUAAUUUCCAGCUCAUGUCACAAACUGUUGUAUGUGAGUGAAUGUUCCCAUGGAAUGCAAAUAUAUAUUUUAUUACAGUGCAAGAUUUGUGUAUACCAGAUAUAACACAACUGAAUGUGUACAUACAGCUCAAUAUAUUAAGGACUA